AUGAACCACCAAAUUUUAUCGCCCUACACAGCCUUUGUUGGUGUAGAAACUACUAGUCCAAAAAACAAUAAUACUGGCUCUCAAGUUCGUCAUAUACCUAUUCAAAUAUCGAAAGGUGAUGAACAUUUAUUUGGUUCUCAACCGUCAUUUUCUUAUUCUUAUGGUGGUGCAAUGGGGCCAAUGGGACCAAUGGGCUUCUUUUCUGGACAUCAUCAACACGCAAUGGCAGCACCAAUGCCGAUGGCCUCUGCAAGAUAUGGCUACCGAGGACCACCUAUCCAUCAACAAGCCGGAAAUUCAUGGAUUGGUUCAAAUAUGGUACACUAUAAGAAAAGCUGGACAACCGUCGCCACUACUACUCAAUUUGUGUCUACUGAUCCUGUCCGCUGGUUAAUUGAUCAACAAUCAUUCAACGGAGCAUGGCUAUUAAACGAGAACGAUAUUAAAAAGUUGACCAAUGGCAAAUCGUUAAGCACAUUUAUAUCAAACGUUACUAAAGAUAAAGAUGCUUUAACAACAGCACUAGCCAUCGCUAUACUUGAGUUAAAACAUGCCGAUCAAAAGAAUCUUUGGUAUGGAGUGGUAGAAAAAGGUCGCAAACGACUUUCUGGUUUUGGUCUAAGUAGCGACCAAAUUAAUUUACUUAUCAACGAAAUUAAGAACAAAUUGUGA